UUAGUUGUCCCCACCCCCUCACUUCCCUCCUGUUAAUCCUCUAGCAUCAGCAGCAGACAACCGAGGCUAACAAAGCGCUACUUUGACUUCAGUUCAACAAUCUUCUAACCAAUCACUACCGAUGGCAGCAAUUAGGAAAAAGCUGGUUAUAGUGGGAGAUGGAGCCUGUGGGAAGACCUGCCUGCUCAUUGUGUUCAGCAAGGACCAGUUUCCUGAAGUCUAUGUGCCCACAGUGUUUGAGAACUACGUCGCUGACAUUGAAGUUGACGGAAAACAGGUUGAAUUAGCGCUCUGGGACACAGCAGGUCAAGAGGACUAUGACCGACUCCGCCCACUCUCUUAUCCAGACACUGAUGUCAUACUCAUGUGCUUCUCCAUCGACAGCCCAGACAGUCUUGAGAACAUCCCUGAGAAGUGGACCCCUGAGGUGAAACACUUCUGCCCCAACGUUCCCAUCAUACUGGUGGGAAAUAAAAAGGAUUUGCGUAACGAUGAUCACACUCGGAGGGAGCUAGCUAAAAUGAAGCAGGAACCCGUGAAACCAGAAGAUGGCCGGGAUAUGGCCAACAGGAUCGGUGCCUUCGGAUACAUGGAGUGCUCUGCAAAAACAAAGGAUGGCGUGAGGGAAGUGUUCGAGAUGGCCACCAGGGCUGCACUACAGGCCAGGCGGGGAAAGAAGAGCAAUAAAUGCGUCCUACUGUAAACUGGGGCAUGAGGACUGCUUCCUGCAGGGGGUAGAAGAAGGAGAAUUAGGUCAACCCCACCCCCAGAUAAACACACACAAAGACUGCUCUCCCCUGUUUUUACUAAAGGUGUAACGCUUCUACUGUUUUGUCUUAAGCAAAAGUAGUCAGGUCAUCAGUAUUCAACUUUAAGGUUAUGGAAAAUACUUUUUUGUACUUUUAACAUGAGUAAAAUUUGCCAUAAUGAAAGCUCCUUAAACAUGUUGUAUGUAAUUGUAAAGGUCACCCCGGGGUGCUGUUGUGUCAUACUUGCCAACUACAGUUAAGUGCUUAAGCCCUGCCUGCUGAUCUGAGGAAUGUGUUCACAGCCAACUAGGGUGAAGAACCUGCACACUGUGACCUGUAGUCCUUUAACUAUUCCAACAAACCGAGGCACGCAGCCAGUCUAAACCCGGCGGCGCGCCUCCUAAUAUUAAAAACAAUCCUCUGUGCAUUGUGAUCCAAUGCACACUAUUAUACUGGAAACUGGUUUUGCUAAAAACACAAGUGUUUUGUGUAAUAAAUUACUUUGUAAGAAUCUUGA